UGCAGCCCCAUCCGCAUGACGCGCGGAGGAGGCAGCCGGAGCCGCCGGAGCCGGGAUCAGGGCGCUGAGCGCGGGGGGUGGGCGCCGCUCGCUCCGCCCUGCGAAGCCCCUGCGCGCCCAGGGACGCGUCCACCCCGCUGCAGCCCCGCCAGGCUCCGCCGUGUGGCCGCUGCCGCCGCCGCUGCUGCCAUGUCCCCGGGGAAGCCCGGGGCGGGCGGAGCGGGGACGAGGCGGACCGGCUGGAGGAGGAGGAGGCGGAGGCGGCGGCUGGAGGCGGCGACUAGGGCGCCGGGGCUCGGAAGCACGGCGGGGCCCGACUCGCGCGUCCCGGGCACGUUCCAGGGCGCGCGGGGAAUGAAGCAGGCGGCGCGGGAGGCGCGGCCGCCUCCGCGUUCGCCCCGGCUCCGCUGGGCGCUGCCGCCGCUGCUGCUGCUGUUGCGCCUGGGCCAGAUCGUGUGUACAGGUGACUGCUCCCGCUGCGAUCUGCUUGAAUUCACAUCUACAGCCAGUGAGAUUCAACCAUCUAUCAAGGCAGCAGGAAACUUUUCAGUGAUAAACGUAACGGAUUUGAGUGGCCAGAGUCAGCAGUUUCUCCGAGCAGACAGUGAUGGGAAGACUUCAUUUUCAGGGCUGGUUCCUGGGAUGCACUAUCUUUUCACCUUUUCAAAUGGCUCCAGUACCUGCUGCCAAGAAGUGCAGAUACAACCCAGUCCUACAGAAGCCGUUACCAUCAGUCCAACCAGUGUGACCCUAACCUGGAAAAACGACACAGCUGGAGUAACGAGUACGAUGGAAAAUGGGCAGAUGAGUCUUGCAAAUCAAACAGGUGGUAACAGCACAUACUCAAGUCCAGGAAGCGAUGGGACUUCAGGAGACACCACAUUAGAUGCCAGCAACACAGACCGCUUUCUGCAGCCACUCGGGAGCCCCACUGCCCCUGGGUACAAAUAUGGACUUGAACCUGCACCCCCGUUCUCUGACCCUUCUCUGCCCCAAGACACCACGGAAGUCCUGCUUUUUGGGUUAAAGUCUGACACACAGUACAAGGCCACUGUUUAUCCUCGAGCAGCGAAUGGUGCCGAAGGACAGCCCCGCGCCACAGAGUUUAAAACAAAUUCCAGUCAGGUGUUUGACAUCAAAGCUGUGAACAUCAGUGCCACAAGCUUGACCCUGACCUGGAAAAUCAAUGAGAAUGAGCCAUCUUCUGUCUAUACCUACAAGAUACAAGUUGCUGGCGAGACAGAUCCCUUCAAUCUCACUGUCCAUGAGACUCGUGCCGUCAUCACCCCACUCAACUCGAGCACGUUAUACAACAUCACAGUGUGGCCUUUCCCUGACAACAGUUCUGCGGGCAUACCGGGCUUUCUUCAGGUGUACACCCUCCCCUGUCCAGUUUCUGACUUCCGAGUGACAAGUGUCAACACAAGGGAAAUUGGCUUAGCAUGGAAUAGCAAUGACUCUAAUUCCUUUGAGAUACAUAUCACACGGGAUGAAGUUGGAGUAAUUCAAACAACCACCAAACAAAGUAUUGUCAUUGAUGGCUUAUCCCCUGGAACCAAGUAUCGUUUUGACAUAUUUCCACAAGGACCAGAUGGGACUAAAGGGGAUUCCCAAACAGUUUACGGUACAACUGACAACAGUGCAGUGGUUGAUAUCCGUGUGGUUAAUGUCACCACAACCGACAUGCAGUUGGAGUGGCGGAAUACAGACAGUGUUACUGGGUACAUCUACUGUGUAGUGAUACAGUCUGAGCACAGCUCUAACCAGACAAAUAGUUCUCAUGAAGCAAUCACUCUCGGGGGCCUGAUCCCGGGCACCUUAUAUAAUAUCACAAUCUUCCCCAAAAUGAACAAUUCCCAGGGGAACCCCAACUCCACUGCACAGUACACACGGCCCAGCAAUGUGUCCAACAUUGAAGUAAGGACCAACACCACAGCAGCAACCUUAAACUGGCAGAACUUUGAUGAAGCCUCUUCCAGGUACACCUACCGCCUUCUUAUGGAGCAGGAUGGAAAUGCCAGCAAGGCCACACAAAUAGUCACAGGCGUCGGCAUCACCUACGCUACAGUCACCGAGUUAACACCUGGCUCCUCAUACACUGUAGAGAUCUUCACACAGGUGGGGAAUGUCACCGAGUCACUGGCACCUGGCUGGCAGUCAUUCUGUACAGACCCUGCACCAGUAAUCUCCUUCCACUGUGAAGUGGUCCCCAAAGAGCCAACCUUGGUCCUCAAGUGGGCCUGCCCUUUCGGCAUCAACACAGGCUUCGAGCUGGAGGUCAGCCACGGAGACUGGGAGAAUAUGACGAACCUGGAGAGCUGCUCCUCGGAGAACGGCUCUGAGUACAGGACGGAAGUCACAUAUUUGAAUUUUUCUACCUUGUACAACAUCACCGUCACUGCCCGGUCCUGUAACAAGACGGCAUCGCCCACCCAAAACACCUGCCUCACUGGCAUCACAGACCCUCCUUCUCCAGAUGGAUCCCCUAAUAUUACAUCUGUCAGUCACAAUUCUGUGAAGGUCAAAUUCAGUGGAUUUGAAGCCAGCCACGGACCCAUCAAAGCCUACGCUCUCAUUCUCACCACUGGGGACGCUGUUCAUCCGUCAGCAGAUGUAUUGAGAUAUACGUACGAAGAUUUCAAAAAGGGGGCCUCGGAUACCUAUGUGACAUACCUCAUAACAACAGAAGAAAAGAGCUGUUCUCAGGGCUUAUCUGAAGUCUUGAAAUACGAAAUCAAUGUUGGGAACGAGUCCACCACGCACGGCUAUUACAACGGGAAGCUGGAACCUCUGGGUUCCUAUCGGGCUUCUGUGGCUGGCUUCACCAAUAUUACCUUCAACCCUAACAGUGAUGGACUCAUAGAUGGGGCUGAGAGCUACGUGUCCUUCAGUCGCUACUCAGAUGCUGUUUUCUUGCCCCAGGAUCCAGGUGUCAUCUGUGGAGCAGUGUUUGGAUGUAUCUUUGGUGCCUUGGUUAUUGUGGCCGUAGGAGGCUUCCUCUUCUGGAGAAAGAAAAGGAAAGAUGCCAAGAACAAUGACGUGUCCUUUUCUCAAAUUAAACCUAAAAAAUCCAAGUUAAUCAAAGUGGAGAAUUUUGAGGCCUACUUUAAGAAACAGCAAGCUGACUCCAACUGUGGAUUUGCAGAAGAAUAUGAAGAUCUGAAGCUUGUUGGAAUUAGUCUACCUAAGUACGCAGCUGAACUGGCUGAGAAUAGAGGAAAAAAUCGCUAUAACAAUGUUCUACCCUACGAUAUUUCCCGUGUCAAACUUUCAGUCCAUGCCCAUUCAGCUGACGACUACAUCAAUGCCAACUACAUGCCUGGCUACCAUUCCAAGAAAGAAUUUAUUGCCACACAAGGACCUUUACCCAACACUUUGAAAGAUUUUUGGCGUAUGGUUUGGGAGAAAAAUGUCUAUGCCAUUGUCAUGCUGACCAAAUGUGUUGAGCAGGGAAGGACCAAAUGUGAGGAGUACUGGCCCUCCAAGCAGGCUCAGGACUAUGGGGACAUAACGGUGGCAAUGACGUCAGAAAUUGUUCUACCAGAAUGGACCAUCAGAGACUUCACAGUGCAAAAUAUCCAGACAAGUGAGAGUCACACUCUGCGUCAGUUCCAUUUCACCUCCUGGCCUGACCAUGGCGUUCCCGACACCACUGACCUGCUCAUCAACUUCCGGUACCUUGUUCGUGACUACAUGAAGCAGAGUCCUCCUGAGUCACCGAUUCUGGUGCACUGCAGUGCUGGGGUGGGAAGGACGGGCACUUUCAUUGCCAUCGAUCGUCUUAUCUAUCAGAUGGAGGACGAGAACACUGUGGAUGUGUACGGGAUUGUGUAUGACCUUCGAAUGCACAGGCCUUUAAUGGUGCAGACAGAGGACCAGUAUGUUUUCCUCAAUCAGUGUGUUUUGGAUAUUAUCAGAUCCCAGAAGGACUCGAAAGUAGAUCUCAUCUACCAGAACACAACUGCAAUGACAAUCUACGAAAACCUUGCACCAGUGACCGCGUUCGGAAGGACAAAUGGUUACAUUGCCUAAAUUCCAAAGGAAAACCUUUCUGGAGUUAACCAGACCGUCACACCCACAGCAGAGGAAAAUGCCCCGAUGUUGACAUGUUUUUAUAUGUCUAGUAUCCUAAUUCUUUGUUCCGUUUUGUUAGAACUAAUUUGAGAGUGUGAAGCUGCGCAUGUGAAACGUGACAAGUGAGAAGUUGGGGCUGUCAGGGGCUGUGGAUGGGUAGUGAGCAAAUCAGCUAUGUUUCUGAUUAUCAGUGGGAUGAGUUCCCUUUUUUUUUUUCUUGAGAAUUACAGAACACCAGGAAAAGUGAGCUAUGAUUUUUUUUUCUUUUACAAGACGUUCUUUUUUAAAAAGACUAUUUUAUAUGAUUCACAUGCUAAAGCCAGGAUUGUGUUAGGUUGAAUAUAUUUUAAGUAUCAGAGGUCUAUUUUUACCUACUGUAUCUUGGAAUCUAGCUGAUGGAAAAUACAUAAUAGUGGAUGAUUAUCAUGUAGGGAGGGCUACGUGGUACCUCUCCUGCCUGGGUUUUCUAUUUGAACAUGUGCCUUUUCUGAAUUAUGCUUCCACAGGUAAAACUCAGUAGAUCUCUAUUUUUGUAUUGAAUCUCAUAAUUGGACUAUGUGGAAUAUUUAAACAGUAGUUUAGUAUCAGAGGUUCAGCCUUCUUAGUAACAUUCCUGUUCUCAUUUGAUUAGAGGAGAUCCUCCCCAACUUCCUCCAUCCCCUGUUUUGUGCUCUAUCCUUUCUUCCCUUUUCCCCUCCUAUUUUUCCCCAAAGACACUUCUGAUGGCCACAUUUUCUGCCCAUUGGUUGGGCAAGAGUGGAAACUAAAUUAUCACCGUGAGAAUUUCGGGGUGGGGGAAGGUCGGGGGGAAGCAGAGGAACCCUUCAGUGACACAAUAAUCUUUUAUUGUCCCCAUUUGAUCUUUUUUCUCAUUUCUGUAUGUGGUAAGAAGGAUUAUUUAAAGGUGCAAUAUGUGGCUUAGUGAUUCACGAUGCUCUAGGUUUUUAGAAACGUUUUACUCAGGUUGGCAUUUUAUGUGUCUCUGUGUGUCCGUGUAUGUGUGUGUGUGUUUUUAAAAGCGUGGCAAUCUGCGAACACUUCCGUGUGAAAACAGUGUCAGAUGAAUCCCUCCUUCCGUAGAGUCUACUGGCUUUAGUCUGUAUCUGCAGUGACACAUACCCGUAUCUGCUGUAUAUAUAUAUACUAAACUCUUAAAACAGUCAUUCCUUGGAACUGAGGUGUACAAAGUUCAAAUUUCUAUCAAAGAUGUAAUUAUUAUUUUUAAAACUUCUUUUCACUAUACUGCUGCUGUAAUUACUUUGAUUUUUUUAAAGUGUAGGUUGAUUUUUGUUGUUGUUGUUUUUGGCUUUCAGGUAUGUGUAUCCACCGAGAAUUUCAGAAUCUAUGUGGAUUUAUUUUAUUGGUACAUAAUCUGUAAACUUCUCAAGGCAUUAACAUGAAAGGAUUUGUUUCUUUUUAUUUUAUAUUGUGGCUCAGGUUAUAUUUUGAAGAUGUGUUGAGUUUCUCCUCCAAUAGGCAAUGAAGUGUACAAGGUCUUAUGAAGGAAUGACCAAGUCCCUGGAGUCCUGUGGCCGUUUCCCACAGUCAUAAAUCCUGCUGUAAACAUAGGACGAUGUGUCCUAUUGAAAAUGGGAGCGGCGUGCCCUGGUCACCGUGGAUCUGUGGGAUCCUGUCUCCUGACCCUGCCAUGCUCCUUAACUCACCGGCACUUUGGUCACUGACUGGACAGUUGGGUAUCUUAGGGUCACGAAGGGGGAACCACCGCGUACAGAAAGCCCUUGAUUCGGUUCAGAGGUCGGGUGCUGCACGUCUUUUGUCUCCCUCUCCCUUUGAGGUACUGAAAGAAAUAAAGGAGAAGUGGUAAUGGUGUCGUGUUUUGGGAGAACCUUACUUCCCAAAUGGAAAUUGCACUUUUUGCUGAAUCCUUUGCUCUCUUUGGUAGAAAGCAGUUUGUUCAGUAUCAGGCCCUUGGAGGAGUGGGCUGGCCAGGCCAGGCCAGGCUGGGUCCUCCUCUUCGGCUCUGAAGAUCUGCAUCAGGGAAGCCGUGCUGUCCCGGGGUGUUGAGGAAAGCUGGGUUUGGGCGAUUGCUUCCAAGCCUUCACACUUGGAAGGCUGCCCCUUGCACGCAGAUCUUGGAGGGUUCCGUAACUUCUUCAGUGGUCCCUGUUCAGGCAGCAGUUCUGUGGGUCACACCCCUUCCCACUCCAAUUUGUCAGGAAACCACGGUGAUGGGUGCCAGUGUACCAAAUCCCAUGUAGAUGUACGCCCUGCCCACAUCACUGCCGCUGCCGUGGAGAAGUCGGAGGGAAGGACUUAACUCGAAAAAUUCCUUUAAAAGAUGAAAGCAACAAUAAUCAUAAACAUAUUGUGUCAAAAUGCAAAACCCAGAAAUCUUCCUCCCUUCCGCCUGGGAUGAUCUUGGGAAAUGGGCAGCAGCCACUCUCAGACGUCAUUCCCAAUCCUGGGAGGAAGGCUUGUGGUGGAGAGGCCUGGAUUCCAAAUGGGCAGGUCACACGAAGGUCAGGACGCUUCUCUGCAUCCUGAAGAGACCUGGCGAUGGGCCAAGGGUGGGGGGGGGGUUGGUGAGGGUAUUUAUAGCACAGUGAAAAGGGAAGAUUAAUGUGUAAAUAUAAAGGACACCCGGGCUGGGGGUUGGUCCCAGAAAAGAGAAAGUACUUUUGAGUUCCUGCCCCCAGCCCUUCCAGGAGCAAUGGAACAGUGAACAAUGAACCCAACUUUGAGGAGUCCAGUGGAAUCGUGGGGAUGGUGUGAUCGCCCUUGCUUAGUAUUUGACAGU